UAAAAACGUAAGUUUUUAAACUUUAAAUCACAAUUUUGACUACAUUGUACAUGACGAUCUUUCAAUUUAUCGAAUUCAUUCAUCCAUACCAAUAACAUACUCUAUCUCAAAGAAAAUAGUUAAGCAAUCAAUGAGAAAUUCACCGCUCAUUUUGUUGCGUAAAUAAGUUUUCACAUGUUUCAUUGCAGAAAAUGUUCUCUUCGUAGUAGCUGUUGAAAUGAGCUAGUAUCAACAGACAAAUCAAUUCGUAUUGUGUAUCCAUCUCUGUUUCCACUAGCUUCUCUAGUAAUUUGCAAGGGCAUAAACUUCAUAUUCCUUACUAUGAACCACAUGAGUGGCAUACUAUCAUAGUUCAUUCUUCAAAUGAUGUAUCUAAUAGCCUUCAAAAGACUGGAAAGAAAUCAGCGCCCGACGAACUAGCGGAGGAAUCUGUUUCGGGUCCAUUCGUCUCCUCGUUCUGAUUUUGUAUUUUGGGAGAUUAGGGAAAUCUUUUGAGUUCUGAUAGAGAAUUGUGAAAUUUAGUUUAGAGGUCAUUUUUUCAUUUCAAUGAAAAACUUUACACUUUUAGUCUUCUACGUAUAAGACUUUUAGGUUUCAUUUGUUUAUUUUAUUAUUUUCAAACGAAAUUAUUGGGGCUAGAAUUUUUAGUCUAAAUCUAGAGUAGUGGUUUGUAUAUAUUCAUCAAGACAUUUUUUAAGUUACACAAAAUCAUAUUAUCAAAUAAUACUGGAACGACUUUUAAAUAUCACUGAGCCGAACAACUAAAAUCGAAAAAUUCAUACGUAUUAUAUUAGCUCUGGAUCGGAGGAGGGCUGGGCCGUGGCCCGGGGUGGCCCAGCCCUAGAUCCGCCGCUGGGAAUAAUAGAUAAAAUAAAUCAACGAAAAACGUGCAAUCUAGUUUUUUUGGCCAUUGCAGUAAGUCAUAAGUCAGUAACAUAGUUUUUGAGUUGAUUGGAUAUUGAAAUCCUUCAAAAAAUUUAAGAAAAUUUGAUUAAGUAACCAUUAACCACUACUGUGGCAGCCAAAAAGAGAUUAUUAUGGCGGCCUGAAAACUAUAACUUGUUGAAAUAGAAAGUUGACAUAAUUGACUUUAUAUUCAGUAUUCUCAGAUAUAUAAUCCAUUAAAAAUUCGACGUCCAUUUUGAAUUGGGACUCAUUAAUUAACAACAGUCAACAGUCGAUUAUUCUUGACUAGAAAUGGAAUGGAAGAAAGGGGGGAAACGGACGAAAAGGGAGAAACAAAACUCGAAUAAAACGAACAGAAAGGAAGAAUAUAUGUUACAGAUCGAGCAAAUUAAUUAAAAUAUCAGAGCAGACUCGAAACAGUUCCCCCUGUCUCAUCUCAUCAUCUUGCAUGGUUGGUGGCUAGGGGGAAAACGACGAAGUUGGAAUAUUAGAAUAGUUGUGGAGAGAUCGAUCACAGUAUAACAUGGCAGCUGCCAUCCUUUUUUGAAUAUAUCAUUUUGAUGCAUAUAUUAUAAUGGAUAUAAUUAUUUGUUGAUAUGAUCUGAAAUUGUUUACUAGUUGACGAUUACGAGGUUCUAGGACGAUUCAUCGUUCGAUUGUGUGAGUUCUUACGCUUCUAUUUUGGAUUUGGUUUUGAUCUUUCUUGUUUAUGGUUCGGAGGAGGUAUUUGAGUUUUCUUGUUUAGAGAAGAUGUCGAUAGUAAGUGAUACAUGAUCUAUAAUUCAUAUCCCAACAACUCGAGUUAUUGUAACCAACUGAUUCUUCACAUUAUAUAACCUUUUUAAUUCAUCUCUAAUAUAUGUACUCUAUUUAAAAAAAAAAUAGUAAAAAACUGGUAUUUUUUUGUUCGUGAGCUAAGUUUUAUUAGUAAUAUGUUGGGUUCGUUCACUUUCUUGUUUUGUCAAUUGCUAUUUAUGUUAUUACAACUAUGUUAGGAGAGUUUACUACGGUGACCUGGUCUAAACUCCAAGUAAAACUUACUUGGAGAGUCUGUCGAGUAGAUAUGUCAUUGGUAGACAACGAUGAAGAAAUCUGGUUGAACCAGUUGACAUAAUCACACUAAGUCAGUCGACCGACCUAUAAAAUCAAAAGAUUGAUCAUCGUCUGAUACUCCGAUCAAUCUUCUAUAUAAAAUAGAUCUUAAUUUUCAAAUUUUUAUUCGUGUACCUCGAAACCAAUCGACCCGAGGAACACAAUCAGUAUUAUUUAUAAGCCACAUCAAGUAUAUCAUGUAUUGUCAAUAUUAAGGUGGAGGGAAGUUGUCCACCAAACCCAAAAUAAUAUUUACAUUGAAGUUGUGACAUACCCUCUUAUCAUAUUAUAGUGAAUUGUUUGAUCCAUAAUUAUCUCUUCAUCAAUGUGAAUUAUGAAUAAUUGAUUGCUGCCUUUUCCAUUUACUUAAUCAAGCCGUCGUUCAAUUCAUCGACAAUAAUAAACUAACAACUUGUUAGUAACAAGAAAAAGAACAUAUAAAACAUGCAACUAGUCUCUCGAUCCCUUUGGGUGGCUGCUCAAGAAAUCCUCAGAAGAAAACAAAUGGUACGAUAUGCAUAAAGAUACCAUCUCUCCAAUCCAAGAAGAAUCCAUGUUGAACAUAUUAUAGGUUUUUUCUUUUGGCUUCUAAUUAUGGUGAUUCAAUAAUACCUCUAACCAAAAAAGAUGGAGAUGAGCAUAAAGAGAGUAAGAGGUGUUUUUUUUUUCCUUCUAAUUAUGGUGGUUCAAUAAUACUUCUCACCAAAAAAUGACGGAGAUUAGAAUAAAGAGAGUAAGAGGUAUAUUGUUAGUGGUGGAGCUAGGUUGAAUCUAGUAGGGUUGUAACGUGUAAAUUUCGUACAAAAUUAGGAAUGAAAGUAGUCGGUAAGACUUUAAUCUCUCUUCCUCCAGUUAUGACAUUCAAAUAACUCUCACUUGGUUAAGAUUUCUGACUCCACCAUUUGUCUAUUGGAAAUGAAAGUCAUCAUGACAUAAUCAAAGGGAAAAAAUUUCUAAACAACGAGGAGAUAGUACAUAAUUUUUUUUCCAAAUGCAUAGAAAGAGAAACACAAUGACGUUCGGGAGAAAAUACAUAUAACGGACUAUCGACCGAAUAGUUACUCUUUCAACCAUUUAAAUUGUAAGAAGUCAAUUGAUCAUCAACAUAGUGUCAAACACCCAUUAAUCAAUGUUUAUUUCUUCGACAUCUAGCUAACGAAAACCUAUCAAAUUCUCAUAUCGUCUAACCAAAAUAAGAAAUUAUCAUUGCACUUGAAUUUCAUAACAACUAAUUAACUUCUAGCAACAACAAAUCUAUGUAGACUACAAACAUAAAUGGGCUCAAAGCAACUCGAUCAAACUAUGAACAAUGUUUAAUAUUAACAUAAAGUGUUUGACAAUUUAUUGUUUUGUUUUGUAUUAUAAGAAGCUAGCUAGGAAGUUUCAUUGCCAUCUUAUUAAUCCCCAAAGGCAGCCAAGAAACAAAAAGAAAAUAACCCAUAAAAAUAAAAAAGAAGGUAUUUGAAUAUUGAUUUCUUUAUCUUCAUAAAACGGGGGAUGGCUAAAACCCUAGCAAGUAUUUCUCAUUUUUAUGUAUUUUAUUUUAACUUCAUGUUGACUGAGUGACUAGUGUUGGAGGAACUAACCAAUUCCUCCAUUUCCUCCCUUCGUUAAUUUGCUAUAUAAAGAAGGUCACUUCCUCCCUGCAACCUCCACGCUCUCUCAUUUGCUUCUGCUUCUUCUCCUUCUCCUUCCUCCUCAUUGUUCAUUCUUUGGCUUCUUCCAUUACUGAAAAAACUUGCAGAGAAGGAAGAAGGUGAAAAGGGUGAGAAAGGGAAAUUAUUAGUGAGAAUAGAAGAAGAUAAAACAGGAGAAAAUGGCUUCUUCAUUGUUGAGAUCGACCUUCCUUCCAUUGAUCCAUUCUCAGGAUGGCCAGUCUUAUGCAAGCUUCCAUCCUAAACCCACCUCCACCACCUUCCUCUCCAAGAAGAAGAACAGGGGAGCAGUGGUAGCUGCUGCAAUGGAAAGUGAGGAGGAGAACUUCGCAAUGGUGGAAAAGUUCAGUGAGAUGAAAGAGAAAAGGAUGUUGGAUUUCUCCGGCAACAAGCCUGCCACUCCAAUUCUCGACACCAUUAAUUUCCCCAACCACAUGAAGAAUCUCUCCCUCCAGGAGCUAGAGAGCUUGGCCGAUGAGCUGAGGGAAGAGAUCGUGUACACAGUUUCCAAGACCGGCGGCCAUCUGAGCUCCAGCCUGGGAGUCGCAGAGCUCACCGUGGCUCUCCACCAUGUUUUCAACACCCCUGAAGACAAGAUCAUUUGGGACGUCGGCCACCAGACUUACCCGCACAAGAUCCUCACCGGAAGAAGGUCGAGGAUGCAAUCGAUUCGACAGACGUUUGGGCUCGCCGGAUUCCCGAAGAGGGACGAGAGCGAGCACGACGCCUUCGGCGUCGGACACAGCUCCACGAGCAUAUCGGCUGGAUUGGGUAUGGCGGUUGGCAGAGAUCUGCUCGGGAAGGAUAAUCAUGUGAUUGCAGUGAUUGGAGAUGGAGCUAUGACAGCAGGGCAAGCUUAUGAAGCGAUGAACAAUGCUGGGUACUUGGAUUCCAAUUUGAUUAUCAUCUUGAACGACAACAAGCAGGUUUCUCUGCCGACGGCGACCGUCGACGGGCCAGCGCCGCCGGUCGGAGCUCUCAGCAAGGCUCUGACCCGGUUACAUUCCAGCAGGAAGGUUCGCAUGCUUAGGGAAUCUGCUAAGGAGAUCACAAAGCAGAUUGCUGGGCCGAAGACAUAUGGGCUGGCAGCCAAAGUUGAUUCCUACGUGAGAGGGAUGACUGGUGGGCCUGGGGCAAGCCUGUUUGAGGAACUUGGGCUGUACUACAUCGGCCCAGUGGAUGGGCAUGAUGUUGCAGACCUUGUCGUCUUGUUGAAGAAGAUCAAGUCCAUGCCAGCUCCUGGACCUGUCCUCAUCCAUCUCAUCACUGAGAAGGGCAAAGGCUAUGCUCCAGCUGAAUCUGCUGCUGAUAAGAUGCAUGGUGUGGUGAAGUUUGAUACAGUCUCUGGGAAGCAAAUCAAGACCAAGACACCAACAAAAUCAUACACUCAGUACUUUGCUGAGUCCUUGAUAGCUGAGGCUGAGCACGAUAAGAAGAUCGUGGCAAUCCAUGCUGCCAUGGGAGGAGGGACAGGGCUGAACUUGUUCCAGAAGCAGUUCCCUGAGAGGUGUUUUGAUGUUGGGAUAGCAGAACAGCAUGCUGUCACAUUUGCUGCUGGUUUGGCCACAGAAGGGCUCAAGCCUUUCUGCACUAUCUACUCAUCUUUCCUUCAAAGGGGUUAUGAUCAGGUUGUUCAUGAUGUGGACCUUCAGAAGCUACCUGUGAGGUUUGCAAUGGAUAGAGCUGGCCUUGUUGGAGCAGAUGGGCCAACACAUUGUGGAGCUUUUGACACAACUUUCAUGGCUUGCUUGCCAAACAUGGUGGUCAUGGCUCCUUCAGAUGAGACAGAGCUCAUGAACAUGGUUGCCACAGCUGCAGCCAUCGAUGAUCGUCCCAGUUGCUUUAGGUACCCAAGAGGCAAUGGCGUUGGCACUGUUCUCCCACUGAACAACAAAGGAACACCUCUCGAGGUUGGGAAGGGAAGAGUGCUUAGGGAAGGAAGUAGGGUGGCUAUAUUGGGUUAUGGAACUAUAGUUCAGAACUGCAUUGAAGCAGCAGACAAGCUUCAAGCUUUGGGGUUCCAGCCAACUGUGGCUGAUGCAAGGUUCUGCAAGCCACUUGAUGGUGAGUUAAUCAGAAUGCUGGCUCAGGAGCAUGAAGUUCUGAUCACAGUUGAGGAAGGUUCCAUUGGUGGGUUCAGCUCUCAUGUCUCCCAUUACUUGGGCCUCAAUGGAUUGCUCGAUGGCAAGCUCAAGUGGAGACCAAUGCUGCUUCCUGACAGAUACAUUGACCAUGGAUCUCAGAAGGACCAGAUUGAAGCUGCUGGGCUGAGCUCAAAGCACAUUGCAGCCACUGUUCUUUCUCUAAUUGGACACAAGGAAAGCCUUCACCUUAUGGAUAUAUAGAUUGUAUGAUAAAAUAAAUUUGUCGAUUCUUUUCUUUAUUAUCUUAUAGGGGAGGGAGAACAACUACAACUAAUUGCAUUAUGCAUUACCAAUGUUUCUUUCAUUGUAUAUUAGGGAAAACCAGUGAAGAGGGUACUUAAGAAAAUAACUAGUAGCUC